AUGAAGUCGAUAGUGAGGGCGCUGGUUGUCGCCUGCUGCGUGGGCAACUCGCUGGCCGUCGGGUCGACCGAGCGGUUGUCGGGCAAGGAUGAGUCCCACAGAGACCUCGUCUCCCGGAAAGAUGGGCCGGGCUUCAUCGUCGACAGGUUCAAGACACGCAUCGCGCGGCCGGGCGACUCGUUCGAGGCCAAGAUCAAGGGCCUGCUGGGCAACGUGGAGGACGAUGAAAAGGUCAAGUACGCCAUUGAGAAGGCGUCGCCCGGCGCUGAGUGGGUCAAGAUGUCGGCGGACGGGAAGCUAAAGGGGGUGCCGUCGGCGGGGUCCAAGACGGGCAACUUGACGGUGUCGGCGACGGGCUCCGACGGGGUGCCGGCGCGCAUGGACGUGACGGUACCGGUGGCAUCGUCGACACGCAACACGGAAGGCAAGGGGUCCAAGGGCGGCUGGGGAGGCCUUGGCGGCGGCGGCGUCAUCGACGGCGGCAGCACCAAGUUCGGCGUCAUGAGCUACAACCUGUGGUUCGGGGGCACCAAGGUCAACGACUACCACAACAAGCAGGUGCGGUUCCUCAGCGAGUCGGACGCGGACAUUGUCGGCCUGCAGGAGACGUGGGGCGGGCACGCGCAGCGGCUGGGCGAGGCGCUGGGCUGGGACUGGUGGCAGGGCGACGACGUGGGCAUCAUCUCGCGGUAUCCCAUCGUGGAGCGGUACGAGCCCGUGGGCCGGGGCGGGUCGGUGCGGGUGCAGCUGGACGGCGGGCGCGAGGUCAUCGUGUGGAACGUGCACCUGGGGUACGACCCCUACGGGCCCUACGACUUCUGCUUCGACAACAUGACCAAGGAGGAGGUGAUGGAGCGCGAGGCGCAGUCCGGGCGCACGGGGCAGAUCGCCGAGGUCGUGGACGCCAUGAAGCCGCAGCUGGAGCGCGCGGGCGAGGUGCCCGUCGUGCUGACGGGCGACUUCAACGCGCCGUCGCACCUCGACUGGACGGAGCGCACGCGCUACCUGCACUGCGGCGUGGGCGCCUUCCCGUGGCCCUCGUCGGUGACGCCCGCCAACGCCGGGCUGCGCGACUCGUACCGCGAGGCGCACCCGGACGCCCUCGUCGACCCGGGCUGGACGUGGUCGCCCAUCUUCAACGACAACGAGGGCCGGCCCGAGCCCAACGACCGCAUCGACUUUGUGUACCACAAGGGCCUGACGACGGUGGACUCGCGCGCCGUCGUCGUGGGCAGGCCCGAGUCGGAGCCCAACCAGCAGGACAACGAGUGGACGUCGGACCACGCGGCGGUGCGGACGCUGUUUAAGCUGAAGAACUGA